GGCGGAGAACAACUGCUGCUCUCCUGGUUGCUGACCAACACUUCGAAGAGAGAGGGCACACUUUAGGACACUCUGAAUAGACUCGAUAGGAAGUCUUGAGCACUUCAAAAGACUCUAGAUGCCCAUGGGAUAUUCUAUAAGAAUUCCGAAUGGUCCCCAGUUUUGAAAAAUUCGAUAUCAGCUAUAAGAAUUUUUAGGAGACUCGAAGACUUGAGAAGCCUUUUUACUUUAUUUUUUAGGAUAACUAUUUGUUUUUCUAUUCAUGUUUCUUAUAUUUUCAAACCAAAGUUGUGGGAUGCUGAAGGAGGAACUUCCUUUCUUCUAGUACUCAAGGUCUGGCGUUGACAUUCCACCUCUUUCACAUCGUGUUAAACCGCCUACAGUAGGCCACUAAACCCAAACCCAACCCACCAGCGAAUCACUACAAGACAACUUACGGAACUGCAGAACUACAGAACCUCCAAGUGGUCCCCUCGCAGUGGUCGCCAUGAGCGAUAGCAGCAGCAGCAGCGCCCCGGGGGCGCGGCCUUCCUUUGCCCGCGUGGCCAAGAAGGUUCGCUGUGCGGCGGCGGUGGCCAGCCUGGCAAAGAGCUGGCAGGGCUGGGCCAACGUGCACUCGGAGCAGCAGGAGACCAUCCCCAGCGGCUGGAUGCCCGACUCUCUGGAGGUCGGGGACUCGAAGGAGCAACACACCCGCGCGGUGAAGAAGCUGCUGGUAGCGCCCCGUGUCGCCUCCGCAGACGCCGACGACGGCGGUAAGAUCCGCAGCGGGGCCGUGACCAAGAGUGUCCCGCUGAGACGCAGCGAGUGCAGCAGCGGAGACCUCAUCAGCUCCAUCCUGGGCAAGAUGGAGACCGGUCCCGCCGAGUUUAAACCGCUCGCGGGCAGCGAGUCGCCCACCCGGCGUCGCCAGAUGAGGGCGCUGCAGAACGGCGCUGGGGCCGGGGCAGGAAGUGGAGCCCUCCAGGAGAGGAAGUUGAUGCUUCAGGAUAAAUCGCUGGGCUCGCGGAGCAGCAGCCUGGACACGGAGGACAGCGGGCUGGGGGAGGAGGUGGGGCUUAGCGACCACAGCGAAUCAAAGAGGGAGUUGAGUAACGGGCUCCUGAAGAAGCCAAUCGACAGGCCCAAGAUCAAGGUGACCACCACGGGGGACAUCCGGAACCGCUGGCAGCAGUGGUCGGUGAAGCACAUUGAGGGCCAGAAGCUUAACCCCUUCAGCGAGGAGUUUGACCAUGACCACGCCAUGGCCCAGCGGCUGCAGAAGGGCGACAGCGGCUACGGCAAGCCCAAGGAGGGCUCCAAGACGGCGGAGCGCGGCGAGCGGGCGCAGCGGCACGUGCACAAGGAGAUGGAGGAGAUGGUGUGGAUCAUCCAGGAGAUGGGCGACAAGGACCGGCAGGGGAACACCGUGGUGACCUUCGGACGGCUGUUCGACCGCUACGUCAAGAUCUCCGACAAGGUGGUGGGCAUCCUGCUACGCUGCCGCAAGCACAAGAUGCUGGAGUUUGAGGGCGAGAUGCUGUGGAAAGGACAGGACGACCACGUGGUCAUCUCCGUCCGGGAAUGAGCCUGAGACGGGAGGAGCCUGGAGGGGAAUCCUUGGUUGUGAUUGUUGACUUAAGCCAUAAGAGCCCACAAAGCACACAUAUUUUGUUUAUAUUUAUAGCGCAACCCAAUAGAUCCCAGCAAAACACACCUAGCGCCUUUUUUUGAUUGCUUUGUGUAGGACUGAUAUCUGUUUUGGACAUGAAAAUGAAACAUUGUGUCAUAUGUCACGCUUGAGGCUUUAGACAUCUCGAGAUGAUCGUAGCUCGGAGAACAGGUGAUGCAACUGCGUAAAUGUUUGUGCCUUGGCCUUGCUGUUACGAAUGUUAUUUUUCUUGCAUUUUUGACGUAGAGCUGAACGUCGUCGGCGUACAAGAGAACAUAAAUACGCACACACAUGAGGGUUUCUGCCAGUGCAGAUAGAUCGUCUGGUGGUGGAGGAUGCAUCUGUAGCACGCUGGUUAUGGAGUCAGCUUAGAUCCCAGCUGUGAAUUCAAGCAAUACAGGCUGCAGGGAAGACCAUCAAGGACAGGAGUAGAAGUUUACAGAAUUUGGGAGGCCAUGCAGAAAUCAAUCAGUGCUGAGAAUCAAUAGUGAGAAAAAUCUGUGUUUCGGUGUUUGUCUUUCUCUGAGUGUCCAUAUCUUUUUAUUCACGAAUACACACACACACACACAUGCACGCGCGCACGAACACAAAUACCCAUACUCGUGCACACACAAACACACACACACACACAUGGUCCAGUCAUUAGAGUGUAUCAUGUAGCUAACAGAUCAACUGGUGGACGGAAAAUAUCUGCAACAGUCUAGGCUUGCUGGAAAACGACUUUGAAAUAUAAGACAAGCAGACGUAUUACAUGGAUGGAACGAAAAGUAAUACCGUCCUAUUUUCCAAGUCAUGAACCAUAAAGAUCCAACAUGUGGAAUGCUAACCAUGUUAAACCUGAUAAUCAUGCUACAAUCUACAAUCUAAGGGUAUUCCGCACGAGGUUGCUUAAUUAAAUAGACUUCAAUUCUAAAUCUAAGCACCACUCUACAAUACUACUUAAACUGGGCCAAAUAAACAUAGAAAGCGAUUAAAAUUGAAUUUGAAUAAAUCUAGAAAAAAUGUUAAACACACUAAAACUGAUUAAACUAAUCUUGAAUACUUCUUUAACUCAGUAUUAAGAAUAUGAAUUAAACUGACCUCAACUGUAGAAUAUGACAGAAAAACCUGACUUAAACUGACCUCAACUGAUCCUCAAUGUCUUUGCACUCUGAGCCAGGGAACAGCCGAGAAUUACGUUUACUGAUUUAUUUUCUUUGGGAGAUGUUAACUAUAUUUGUGCAGUAUUUUAGUAAACUAAUUGAUGCAACGCGAGAAGAACAAGAAGAAAGAACUUUAAGGUCAUGUAUGAGGUUAUUGCUGAGAUGAUCAAGCAUCAAUGUAUAGGUUAUAGUUCAUAGAUACAAUCAUUUAUAUGUGAGAAUCAGAUGUGGCCUUGCAAAUACAGAUUAUAUUAUCGAUGUUACUUUUUAACUUUAUAUCAAUAAGUGGAAUUUUUGUUAUUGGCUUUGUGAUUUAGGUAGAGCUGCACACAUCCUCAUCCACACAAGACCGUGACUUGAGUUCAGAGCAGAGUAGUAAACAAACUAAUUGAUGAGAAUCGCAAGACAUAUGAAUUUGCAUAUGUCUUUUUUGUUAACCACCCCUUUAAAUGUAUUUUCUUUCAAAAUGAAAGUGUGGGAUUCUUCUUACAGAAGUAAUCAACCAUAGAGGUCACUACCAAUACAUAUAUUAUAUAUAUAUAUAAUAGAAAAUAGGAUUAAAGCUUACACCUAGACAAGAAGGUCUGGGGUGAGAUGGAGCUUUAUAUUUUUCUGUUUGAGUUGCUGUGGUUGUGGUGUUGAAACUGUUAAAUUAUUGAAUGCAGUCAAUAAAGAAUCACAAUGAGGGCAUGGUGUCUUUUUAUAUUU